GAAACUGGGACUUGUUCAGUCGAGAUUGUGGCAGCCUGAAGGAACGCAUCUCUUCAUCUUCCAACGGUGGAGAACAUCGCUACUCCACUUGUUCAUAAAGAGGAGAGGAGGAGCAAAAGGGAAGGAGGAGAGGAAGAGGACAGAGGAAGGUUCCUCAGAGGAUUUUCUUACGCUGAUACGUAGUUUGGUGAAGUUUGUGCUCCGAUUUUGUUUUUAGAGCCACAAGCCACAUAAGACGAGGAGAGCCGACCUUUGACCAACCGACCUUUGACAAACCGACCUUUGCCUCUGUGUGUGUCACUGACUGAUGCACCACUGGAACGUUUACAUCACGUGAUCUCUUUGUUUACUUCACGUGAUCUCUUUGUUGACAUCACGUGCUCUGUUUGUUUACGUCACGUGAUCGCCCAGUUCUCGUUACCACUAGCAACCUUCCUGUGCUUGCCUGGGGGUUGAGCAGAUAGAGAAACCCACUUAAUACGAAUUCUGUUACUAUUGUCUUCUGGUAAUUCGGUAAUAGACUUGAUCACUGACACCGAUCUGAAAAACAAUUACAACUCCCUGAGAAACAUACAUAGUUGUUGUUAUUAUAUUAAUAUCAUUUAAGUUUUAAAAUGACCAAAAUCUGAGUCGAUAGUGCCGUAAAACACCUAUUCAAACAAACAACAAAAAGUUCUAUAAAAAGUCGUGAAAAGAAAAUAUUAUAAAUCUAUACGUACAGAAGAAACUCUUUUGAUAAGAACACGUUUAUAACACGGUAAACGUUAUUAUCCGGCUGCUAGGGAUUCUACUUCAUUAAGAGGAUACCCAGCGAGCGUACAUCAACACUAAGACUUGUGUGUGAGUGUGUGGAACAUCAACACUUGUGUGUGGAACUUGUAAUUGGAAGAUGAAGCUACUGGUGUUGGGUGCCACUGGGCCAACCGGUCAGCUGGUGAUAAGCGAGGCUCUGGACCGGGGUCAUGAGGUCAUCGCUCUGGCCAGGAGCCCCGAGAAAGUGACGGCGAAAAGUGAUAAGUUACAGGUGAAGUCCGGCGACAUCCUGUCCCGCCAAGACCUGGCCGCUCACAUGUCGGGCUGUGACGCGGUGCUGAGCGGGGUGGGCGGGAAGUCGGGUACGUUCAAUCCCUGUGACGUCUACUCUACGUCUGUGAGGGCUAUCGUGGAGGCCAUGAGGGACGCCGGCGUCACACGAUUCGUCACCGUCACAGCCUGGGGGACCAAAG